AUGGUCACGGCAACUACGUCUUCUGCUCCUGUUUGCUCCGGCUACACCGAAUACUGGUCCGCCUGCUCGUGCAUUGGUGCCGUCGCCGACAUCACCGAGACAGUCACCGCUGAGAUCGCUGAGACCUCUAUGUCAAUGAUCUCUGCAACAGCUAGCAAUACCAUUUCCUCCACUUCUGUGUUUGUCGUGGACAAAACCGUCACCACAACUGAUUACCCGCUCCCAGUCCAAACGAUCAAUGUGGUUGUGGUUGGAGGCAUCUAUUCGGCCCGGUACCUCUCUGGCUCCGACAACAGCUAUAUAAGCUCGGCUGCCAACUUAGCUGGUGCAACUAAUAUUUUGUACCGCCCUGGUGAACAGCCUCUGUUGGCUGCCGACCCUAGGAUCAAGCUCUAUGCGAGACAAUACGACACUAAUCCCCACGGUAUCUUGUACUUUGCGAGCGACCAGGUGGCUGCUGGAAGGGGAGAUGCGGUUGUGACAUGCAAGGUUGACCAGGACGGCUUCGUGAUCUGCAUCGCACCUGGGACGGGGUACACUAAGCUCACGACUUGCCCCUCCUCGGGUAUCUUCAUUUUGUCGGCACCGGACUACAGGUCGCCGGGCUGUGCCGAGCCGGUUCAGUUCAAGGUCGGGAACAGAGUAAGCAAGCUGGUCAUGCUCGACGACCCCAGCCAGUUUAGAGGCAUGUACCUCACAGGCUCCGUUUCCGCCUCUCUGAGUUUUAGUGACAGCGCGGGUGGCGCAACCGACUUCGGGCAUACCUCUAGUGGACUAUGGGACGUUAGUUGA